AUGCCCACCAGUGAAGUUAAAAAUCGUAAAAUAUGUGUAGCUGAUCCCGUUUUCCAGAAUGGAGAAUUUGAAGAUUCCAAAAUUGAUCCCAAACCUAAUUCUGAGAUGGAAUCUGUUAUGGAAUCUGACCAAAUUCAAGGAUCAACUUCCGAUGUGAUUCGUGGAUAUACUGAUCGGAUAAUAAAAAGUAUUAAGGAAUCACUUUCAUUUUGUGCAAACACUGAUAAUAUCACUAAUAUUUCAUUACUCGAUCUUUGUGUUCAAAACGAACGAAUAAAUCGCAUUAAAGCUGACUUGAACAACUGCCACGAUACUGUUUCAUUGACUGAGAGACUUGUCGAAAGAUGUGUUAGUACAUUUGGGUGGAUUUGUUCCUCAGUUAAGUGGACCAACAGUGUUAAACUUGACGUUGACGAGAAUGAUGAGAAACUCAACAGCGUUGUCAAGUCAUUUGGCGACUCACACACUAGUGAUGAAUCUAAUGGUGACACGGGCUUUCAUGAAAUUCCACAAACCAAUGACCCUGAGAAGGAUUUUUUCGACAAUGCCACUCGUGGUCUCAGCUCCUUAGUUAGCAGGAUGAAGAGGAACAGGGUUAAAACUGACUUAUUAUCAAGUGUUAUAAUGCACCAGAACAGUGAACUUGAGAGGAUCAACGCCUCCGCUCAGAACCUCAAGAACAGAGUUUCCAACAUGAACAAACUUUUAAAAAGCUAA